UUCAGAUGGGCACAACAAGUGCGCGCGUGCUAGUAAUCUACACACACCUAGUAUUGAGAAAAGAGCAGUGAAAGUGGUGAGUGACAUUUGCAACAGCAACAACAAAACCUAAAUAUGUACAUACGCAUGCACAAUGUGAUCAGAAAGUGUGAGUGCAGAAGUGAAGUGAAGCAUUAGAUUAGCGACGGCAAAACCGCGAUUAGCGCUGGUUUAAAACGCGCUUCAGGUGAAAGCGCGGAAAUUCACUCUCAAAGCAUCUAUUGUGUCACUGAUGGUGGGUGCGUGCCACCACAGUGGGUAGUGAGACAUCUUUACCUGCCACUUUAAAGUUUCGCUUUGCUGAUUGUCGUGCCCGUCAUUUGUAUUUGACGGAAAUAACCGACUUAUCCGGAAAAGGAAAUUUUACGUCGCGCUUUCCACACCUUCGGCAUUGACGUGGUUGAGUGUUUGUUGUUGCCAAAUUUUAAUUACUUUCUGCGUUUACCGUGGGUAGACGGAGGUUUUUUGUCUUUUUACGCAGCUGUUUUGGUGAAUGGGGUUGAGAGGAGAGAUUAAGAAAAACGCUUGAGUGGCGCCCUCAAAAUCAAGUGAAACUUACACGUUCCCUUGGUGUGUCAGUGUUUGCUCAACGGAAGUGUUAAAUCGUGAAUAAAUUGGUUCACCACUCCUGGGAGUACCAAUAGCAGUUGUACCUUUAAAAAUGCAGUGUUUUGCUUACAAAGGGGCAGGCAAAGUGAAAUAGUUUCCAGUUUUACUUUUAUAAAUGAAAAGAAGUGAACGAGUGGUGAAUUUGGAUACGAGUUAUUGUAAAAGAAGUAAGAUUUCGAAAUAUUUUGUAUCACGCGAUUUGCUAUUUUAAUAAGCAGUUUUACUCUGCUUCAGCUCGUACAUACAUACAUAUGUAUACACGUAUACAUGAAUAUUUGUAUGCGAAGAAAAAUUAGAUCAAUAUACAUACAAACAUACGUACGUACAGUAGAGGAAAUAAUGACCUCAAGCAGUUGAUGGUUAUAUCACGCACAUUAUUAAAUAUGAGUGUAUUGAAAAUGUAAAAGUAACAGAAGCGUGUUUGAAUUCCCAUCGAUUUAGCAGCACAACCCCUGUAGUUCCACACUUUUGGUAAAUUCCAGCCCGUUUUGAUCUGUUCUUAACUGGCACAAUCAAAACAAAGGCACAGCAACAAAAAUAUAAAAAAAAUUGUUAAGCAAAAUAAUUUAGUCACUAACGUUCUUAUACGAAAAAAAAACUCGCGUAAAAUAGCUAUUCCCAAAUGGUUUUUCGCGAAAGCGGUCCCACCCUUAAAAAAUUGUGAAGAUAAUCAUCCCAAACCAAACCAAUCCAAAUAUCAACAAAGUUGUAUCAACAAAAUUAUUUUUGUAAUAUAUUUGCUUGUGAAAUCUUCGAACAAAGGCAAUAACUUAGAUACUUUUUGCAUUGCACCAGCUUCAGCGCCAAUCAACAAUACAGCAAAACGAUUCCACCGACCCGCUACCGAGACUACGAACUGAAAAUGUAUAACUUUUGGAUAAUCGUUUUAUGCCUAGGAUUAUUAGCAAGCAAGCCAAUAAACGGACAAUCUGAGCUGGAUGUGCAAUUAGUGGUACCGCGGUACGUGGAACGCGGCUCCAGCGCCACUUUUAAGUGCAGACACAACGUACGACCGGAAAUCCUAUAUAAGGUGACGUGGCUCAAAGUUGACAAGGGUAAAUUUUUUGAAUUCAUAAACGGACGCAAUCCACCAUUCCGGAAUACAUCCAUCGGGGGCGGUGAAAUCGAUUGGGAGAAUUCCAAUGAAACACAGGUGACGUUGAAAAAUGUUGACUUUGAUUUGUCUGGACAAUUUUUCUGCGAGGUUUCAACGGACGCACCUAUUUAUACAAAGGCGUCUGUCGAUGAACUGCUAUCAGUAUUUUUGCCACAAACUGGUCCACCCAUAAUAAAGUUCCGAAAACGAAUGCCGUUUGUCAUAGGGGAAAAAUUAUUUGCUUUAUGCAAUACGACUCGCGCCUUUCCCGCACCGCACAUCACUUGGCUCAUCAAUGGCAAGAAGGUUGAUGAUAAAUAUGUGCGAACACAUCACGCUUAUUCAAUGACCAACAAAAGCCAUAGACGUACGCAACAGCAACAUCAAAUACAGCAACAAUUAUUGCAACAGCAGUACUAUCAACAACAAUUUCACAGCCAAUAUCAGCCUCAAUAUCAAAUACCACAUUUUAAUGACCGCUAUGACAAGAGUUUGCGUUGGAGCGGCGGACGACCAGAUGAUUUCACGUCGCAUAGCGCAUACCACCACGAUGGCCACCAUCAUCCUGCGAACAUUUACAACAAUCCCUUCAGUUCCUUAGCCAACAUGCACGAAGUUUAUGAAACCCAUGAGAUCCAUCAGCGAAAAUACGACAAUAAACAGAGAGAAAUGAAAAAGCACAUCGAAAUGAAGAAACACAGAAACUCAUCAAAGCAGAAAUAUCGCCGGCACAUCAACGAAAACGCUCUCGGAAUAAUACGCAGCACCCUCAACAGUGGCGGUUUCGGCCCCCAGCCUCCUAACCUGAACAAUGAGCUUGGUAUACCACCAAACGCGGGACCAAUGAGUCAACUAGCUGCCGGCUAUGGUCGCCCAAUAUCGCAUCCUGGAGGCGGCAUGGGUGUGGCAGCAGCUGCUGCAGCGGUUACGGCGGCUACGAAGGAAAGGGGUAUGUUCUCUCUUAGCCAGCUCAAUAUAGACUUGGACGAAGUGCAUAACAACAAUGGCCGCAUGGAACUGACGUGCUUGUCCACAAUACCAUCAGCAAUCGGCCAAGGGGAGCAGUUUGCUGAUUACAAGACAUACUCAGUGAAAGUUGAACUCAUACGAGCGGAAACAUCGUCGACAACAACAGCAGUCCCCAGCAUAGGUAUGGCAGCGUUAGGCAAUGGCGCCUCACACACCGCGGAGACGGCUGCAGCGGGCCGGCCAACCAUCAGCCUCACAUUGGGAAGCAGCUACACGUGGGCUUCACUGAUUUUGCAGGUAGCUCUGUUGCAGAUGUUGAGAUACUGAAGGAUAAAAAAGGAAGCUACCACGCACCGGCAGUCUGACGGUAGGUGCCUCCGGCUUCGGUUAUCCGCGCAACCCCGUCUCGGCCCACCGAUCAACCAACCGAAUGUAAAAGCAAAAGUCUUGGUUCGCUGUAGUUGAAACUACAAUUAAACCCAGCUGAUAUGUACCUUUAGCAAAAUACCCCUAUUCCUUUCUUCACAUACUUUAUAACACAAGCAAAUAAAACAAAACAGUAGAUGCUUAGAAAUAAAAAGGGGGCAACGUUACGGAAACUGGAUAUAAAAAUGAACCGGCGAAAUGUAAAAAGUUAGAGAGAACAGGUGAAAUAUAUGUUUACGUACUUGCGCAUUUGUUGUUGUUGAGCAAACGACAGGGUGGUGCCGGAUAGCCGGGAAACAAACAAUAAAGUAAUGACUGUAUGUAAAAAGUAUAAAUUAAAACAGAAAGAGAAGUACAUACCUACAUAUGUAUGUGUAAUAAAUAUAAAAAUAUAUAAAAUUCAAAAUAGUUAAAGCUAAAAGGGAAAAGAAACAAAAGACAACAAAAUGUACCGAAAAGGAAAGAAACAGAAAUUUUAACUGAAAAACUUUGUGAACUUUAAAAGUGAACAUACAUAUGUAUGUAUGUGAAAAGCGAUGUUAGUAAGGGACGAACAGUUUAAAUUUAAUUGCACAAAAGAAAUGAGACAAACGCCCAAAAGGCGAUGGGCCCUGCGACUGUAUGUGUAUAAGUUUAAAUUUGUGUUUGUAUUUAAGUAGUUGUAUAGGUGUACUUGUGGGUGUGCAUGAAAAUAUUAUCGUCUACGAAGAUUUUUAAGCUGGGAAGAUUUUGAGAGCUUUGCUUAUUUACUCACCAUGAAAGACGAAAUAAAACAAUAAUUUUUAUUUUCUAUAAAUGCAUGUACUAUACAAGACAGAGAUGCGCGUAAUUAAAAAGAAAAAAACUGAUGAAGAUUGGGAGUUAGUUAAAUGGAAAUUGUGAGUGAAAUUAAAAAGAAGAAGAUCAUUAAAGCUGUAAAAUGGGUAAAAAGGGCAGUAAAAGAAAAGGAAUUUUUUAAUAAGGACAACUUUUAAAGCACGAAGCUGGUGGCAAAUUCCCACCACAGAAUUCAUAUGAGUUUCUAAGAGUUUGUAUAUUUGAUAUACAUAUGUUUGUAUUUAAAGAACCAGAAUAGGGUUGGAGAGCACCAUACACACGUAUUUAUGUGGAUACAAAAUGUUGGAAAUUUAGUAAGGCCACACCGUGUUAAUACCCAACAUGUAAAUUUCUUUCUACAAAAUUUGAAAACUGCAUAUUUAAAGUUUUUCAUUACAUAUGUAUCACAUUGUGGACGUUUAUGGAGUUAGGACAUAUAGGUACGCAUACAUCUGUUUUAUUUAGGACAAUCCCAUGCGGCCGAUGCAAUACAAAAUUAGGUAUACCACAUAUUUUUAAUGAACAAUAGAUUUGCAAAUCGCAAUGUUUGUAUACCGGAAUGAUUCUCAUUUUUAGACAAAUAAAUUAUAAUUUCGGAACAGAGCGAUAGUCUCCAAAAAAUUAAAUUUUACAGGAAUUGGUGAGUUGUUCAUGCAUAAAUAAUAUCAAAACUUGAACAUAUUUUUAGCAUGAAAAAUGGUUCUUACCUCUGACCAUGUAUAUACAUAUGUACAUACACACAUAUAUAACGGGUCAAACCCUUGUGAAGAUACUAAACGAAACACCUGGAAAAACUCAUACGAAUCGUUUACAGGAGUUGUCGUUAAAAAUCUCCGGUAAAAAACAUCCAACAACAAAAUUCCGGCAAAAUGUCAUCUGCUCUCUCACAGGAGAAAUAUAUCCAAAAUAGUACGCGAACAGAAAAUUUGCAGAAACUUGCAAGUUAGACGAACAGCUGAUAGAAUUU